GUCUUCGAGCAAGCUGUGUCUGCGUUGGAUGUGGCCUGAAGAACGGCAUUGUUGAUAGAGUGGAUCCGAAAGCAAGAAGGAAUUUAUUGCCGUGUAUUAAGGCUCUGAUGUUCUGUGGAGAUAACGUAUCGUGGUUUGAGUUAUCGGCAUCUGGGUCGCGCUAAAACUCUUGAUUGUUGUUGGCUUCUUACCAGUAAUCUUAAGGAUUUCGUGUGAGAUUGUUUUAACUCCGUUCCGUGUACACUGGGCGCACGACUAGAUUAUGGACAUCGAAGCAAACAGGGGAUCUUUCCAGGAGCAGUUGAUGGAAUAUUAUGAAAUGAUUGAUAAGAAUGGAGAUGGUUACAUUGACUUGUCUGAACUCAAAGAGGCUCUCGAUGUGUGCGGUUUUAAAUUGCCAGGUUGGAAGGUGCGACAGAUGAUUGAGGAAUACGAUGACAAAAGACAAAUACAACAUAAAGGUCGACUUUCAUUCGACGAGUUUGAAAAGAUGUGCCUAGAACUGAAAUCAAAUGAAGUGGCUAGCAAAUUUAAACAGUUAGUGUCCAAGAAAGAGAACUUGGAAACGCUCGGCGGAAUGUCAGACGCGUCCAGCGAAGGCACCACGCAUUCGGUACGACUCGAGGAGCAGCUGGCCUUUUCCGAUUGGGUCAACAGUAAUCUGCGUGCAGAUCCCGACCUGAAGCAUCUCCUGCCGAUUGAUUCAGAAGGGAAAGCUCUGUACGACAAAGUGAAGGAUGGCAUUCUUCUCUGCAAAAUCAUCAACCAUUCAUGCCCAGACACGAUCGACGAACGUGCAAUCAACAAAAAGAACCUGACUCUGUAUACAAAACAUGAAAAUUUAACCCUUGCCUUGGUCUCGUCACAAGCCAUCGGAUGUAACAUAGUUAACAUUGACGCUCACGAUUUAGCAAAAGGAAAACCACAUCUGGUUUUGGGUCUUCUUUGGCAGAUCAUUAGGAUAGGACUGUUCAAUCAAAUCACUCUGGAGAACUGUCCUGGAUUAACCACUCUUUUGUUGGACGGGGAGCGCAUCGAAGAUUUAAUGAAACUCUCGCCAGAAGCGAUACUGUUAAGAUGGGUUAACCAUCAUCUGGAAAGGGCUGGUGUAGCCAGGCGGUGCAAUAACUUCCAAAAUGACAUCUCAGACUCCGAAAUUUACUCGCACCUGCUGAAACAAAUAGCGCCAGCAGAGAGUAAUGUUACAUUAGAAGCUCUUUUGGAACAAAAUCACUUGAACAGAGCUGAAAUAAUGUUGCAACAAGCUGCUAAGUUGGGUUGCCGAAGCUUCGUGACGCCUAGUGAUGUCAUCAAUGGGAUUUACAAACUAAACUUGGCAUUUGUUGCCAAUCUGUUCAACAACCAUCCAGGCCUAGACCGUCCUGAGGGCGACAUCGAAGGGCUCGAGAAUCUUGAAGAGACAAGAGAAGAGAAGACAUACAGAAACUGGAUGAAUUCGAUGGGAGUGCUUCCAUAUAUAAAUUGGCUGUAUUCAGAUCUUGCAGAUGGCCUUGUGAUCUUCCAGUUGUAUGAUAUAAUCAAACCAGGCAUUGUCAAUUGGAACAGGGUACACAAGAAAUUCUCGAAGCUACGAAAAUUCAUGGAGAAACUAGAAAACUGCAAUUACGCUGUUGAACUUGGCAAACAAUUGAAGUUUUCGCUGGUUGGAAUUGCGGGUCAAGAUAUUAAUGACGGGAAUGCCACGCUAACUCUAGCAUUGAUCUGGCAGUUGAUGAGAGCGUACACACUUUCAAUAUUAACGCAGUUAGCCAACACAGGAAGUCCCAUAGUAGAGAAAGAGAUAGUUACGUGGGUAAAUAAUAAACUUGCCAAUUCUCAAAAGAAGAGCUCGUUGAAGAGUUUCCAAGAUUCGUCUAUAGCAGAUGCUAAAGUUGUCAUUGACCUGAUAGAUGCAAUUAAACCUGGAACUAUCAACUAUGAACUGGUGAAGGACGGUGGACCUCAAGAGGAUAACCUGGCAAAUGCAAAAUACGCUAUUUCAAUGGCCAGGAAAAUGGGGGCUCGGGUGUAUGCCCUUCCAGAAGAUAUCACUGAAGUUAAACCAAAAAUGGUCAUGACGGUAUUUGCGUGCCUCAUGGCCAUGGAUUACAUUCCAAAUAUGGAUGAAAAGCAAUUGUAAAGCUACAUUGAUUCAUUACUUUCCAUUUAUACAUAGAUACUUUGAAAGGUUUUUUUUUUUAUUUUGAAUAUAAUAUUAAUAUUAUAUAUUAUUAUGAACAUUAUAUACUUGGUUUGCUUAUGUGAUUAGAAAUUAAAUAAGUUUACUACUGAAGCAUUCCAUAUAUUAAUAAAAUCAUUGUGAAAUUCAAAGAAAACUUCAAAGAUAGUUGUCAGCUUUCCAUCGAGAAAUCAUACGCGGUAAAGAUGCGUAACUUUGAUCGAAUAUUUAACGAAAGAACACUCGCAAGUUCAAGGGUCCUCAGUUUGUCUGUUGUGAGUGUUCUUUCUUGUCUCUAUCUCUUUUUUCUGUCCGUCAUUUAAAAAGAAUUGAAUGUGUAAUUGGUUAUACAGUUUAAACAAAAUGUUUGAUUGCUUGGAAGGUUUAUGAAGGACGG